AUGGCAUGUUCAAAAUUUUUUUCAGGAGAUUUGCCUGAGUUAUUAAACGAAGUCAUACAAUAUUUUCAUUAUGACUAUAAAACAUUACAUUCAUGCAUAUUAGUUAAUAGAUUAUGGUGUCGUUUAGCAAUUCCAUUAUUAUGGGAAGAUCCAUUUUCAAUCAAAUUCCCUAAAAAUCAUCGUUUUAUUGAAAUUUAUUUGCAUAAUUUAAGUGAUGAUGAUAAAACAAAAUUAAAUGAAUAUAUAAUCCAUAAUGACAUAUUUCCUUCAAAUACCUUAUUUAAUUAUCCUAAAUUUAUUCAAUGUUUAGAUACACGUAAUGUUUAUAAUUCUAUUGAAAUUUGGGCAUCUACAAUUGAAGAGAAACAUUCCAGCUAUUCACCUUCACGAAUGUCAAACUUUGCAAAACUUAUUUUUAGAUCAUUAUUUCUAAUAUUCAUUGAAAAUGAAGUAAAUUUGCAUAGUUUUAAAGUUAUGGCUGAUGAUGAAGAAUUUGAAUGUUUUGAUGCGGCUUUUGAAUUAAUUUUACAAAAUCCGAAUUUCGUUCAUAAUAUUAAAGAUUUAACACUUGAUUUUGAUGAUGCAACUGAUAAUGUAAGAAAAUUUAUAGGAUUUCUCUGCUCUAACUGCAAUUCGAUUUCAUCAUUUUAUUCUCAAUAUUCUCAUUAUUAUCCAAUAAUUGAAGAAAAUUUAUCACAAAUGAUUAAGUUUCAAGAAAACCUUAAAAAGAUUUCAUUUUGUUAUAAUAAUGAUCCCCCUUUAUAUCUACUAUUGUCAUCUAAUUGUUCAAACACAUUAAAUACAAUUAUAUUUCAUUAUAUUGACUUUAGAAAUAUAAAUGUUUUAAGUGAAGUAUUUAAUCAAUUGAAUGUUUUAGAAUCAAUUCAUAUUGUUUAUUGUUAUUUUCUAGAUUCUAAAUUUAUUCAACAAAUUAAUAAUAUUAUAAAACCAUUUAAAUUAAAAUCUUUAUUUUUGAAUUAUGUGGAUGAAUUAUUAUUAGAACCGUUAAUACAAAAAUCUGGCAAUUAUUUAGAAAAUUUUGGAAUUACCAACUGUGAAUUCCAACAAUUAAUACAAUCACUUAAAUUAUAUUGUAACAAUAUUAAAUUGUUAUAUUUAACUAUUGGACUAAAUAACCAGAACAUUAAUUUAUUAUUUGAUUUAAUUAAAAAUAUGAGACAAAAUCUUAAUUAUCUUAUAAUCAAUUCCAGUUUCUUUAAUAUGAAUAAAAAUAUUGAAAUUAGUCCAAUUAUAUUACAAAAUUUAGGACAAAUUCUUCCUUUUAAAUUAGAAUAUUUGAAUUUGGACCUUGUAAUUAAUGGAAGUGAUUUAGAAAUAUUUUUAAAAAAUUCCCAAAAUACUUAUACCAAAAAAUUGUUAAUUAGAAAUAGAAAGAAUGUAAAGAAUGCAAGGAAUGAUGGAAGUCAAGAUAUUUUACCCUAUAUAAAAGAAUAUAUAGUGAAAAAGAAAAGAGUUAAAUAUUUAGCUAUUUUAGAAUCUCUUUAUGGAAUAGGUGAAGAUUUGUAUUCUUUGAAAGAUAAAGCAAAGGAAUUUCAAUUACAUGAUAUUCAAGUUCUAAAUUAUAAUGACUUUGAUAUUUAUGAUUAUAUAAAAGAAGCUUAUUAG